GCCCCCCGGGGGGAUAAGAUUUCAACAGACCUUGCCAAAAUGCCAUCUCAAAUGGAACACGCCAUGGAAACCAUCAUGUUUAUAUUUCACAGAUAUGCAGGGGAUAAAGGCUACUUAGUAAAGGAAGACCUGAGAGUACUCAUGGAUAAGGAGUUUUUGGAAAACCAAAAAGAUCCUCUGGUUGUGGACAAAAUAAUGAAGGACCUGGAUCAGUGCCGAGAUGGCAAAGUGGGCUUCCAGAGCUUCUUUUCACUAAUUGCAGGCCUCACCAUUGCAUGCAAUGACUACUUCGUAGUACACAUGAAGCAGAAGGGAAAGAAUAGAUAGAAUCCAGCACUUAUU